CCACAAGUUUUUCUUUCCUUUCUCCAUCUUCCUGUCUCUUCUUCUACAUCCAUUUUAAUCUGCCACUGGCCCUCUGUCCAAUAUUGUUGGCCAUCGGCCACUUGCAGUGGACCGCCGUCACCAUCUCCACCCUCUCUGAGCCCUAUAAAUCAUACCCACCAAAUGUUGAUCCAUUAAGCUUAUCGGGUCUAGUUUUCAUAUCCAAACCCGAUUGUUUUGUGAUUAUUAGGCUGCAUUGUCGUUGCCAUUGGAUCUCCUCAAAGCCUUCCAGUUCCGUCACAUGCACAUCACGUGCCUUAGACCUCCUCUACUUCAGCUUGGCCUCUUUUCCUCCUCUCUCGGCUCUUUGCCUCCGUCGCCGCCGCCCGCGCUCCCCACCCCACUUCCCGAGUGGUUCUUUGCAAGGUUAAGAAGAAAAGGAGAUGCCUUCGCUGCAGACGGCAUUGCCCCCGGAGAUUGCUGAUAAUGUGAUCAGAUUGUACCGUGAGUGCCUAAGAAGAGCUCGCUUCAUUGGUCAUCAGCAACACAACACUGAGCUUGUCGUUGGCAUGGUGAGGCAGCAAUUCAAGAAACACAUGCAUGAAACUGACCCUGAGAAGAUACAGAAAUUAAAGGAUGAUGCUGCUAGAGGCCUUAUCAAUCACAUCCUUUAUGAGUCCGAGAAGAUGACAGGCCGCAAGUUUUCUGGUUCUAAAUGAUUGGCCAAAAAAUUUGGCAUGUUUCUUUAUGGAUCUCUGGGUGGGAAUAGAGGUGCUUGGUCAUAAAUUUAAUGUACCUUAAAUCUUAAGUUCAUAUUCUAGUCUGAAUAAUGUAAUUUUAAAGUGAUAAACUUGCAAGGUUUAACAAUUAUGAUAACUCAAUUUGACUGGAAAUUUGGUCAGUUCAGGUAUGGAAGUAUAACUUUAUUCUU